GCAAAAGGCACAAAAUAAAAACCCUUUCUCUUUCUCUUUAUAAUUAAUCUUCUUCAUUCUUAAGCUAUGUGUUAAGAGCUAAACUAAAAACUAAACGCCGUAACGGAAAAUUCUCAACACCGUCACAAACACCCUCUCGUGCGUGUCACGUGACAUUCAAAACCCUAAUUCCUCUUUAUGGCUUUGGACCAACCUUCGUUACCUUCGAAUCCCAAUACCAAUUCCGGUGACGGUAACGGCAACGGUAACGGGACGCCACCGUCGUCCACCGUGAAUGGCGGCGAGGAUGGGAAGCCUACGGCGAGGCUACCGCGGUGGACGCGGCAGGAGAUUCUGGUGCUGAUACAGGGGAAGAGUGACGCGGAGAGCCGGUUCAAACCGGGGAGAAACGGUUCGGGGUUUGGUUCGAGUGAGCCGAAAUGGGCGUUGGUUUCGUCGUACUGUAAGAAGCACGGUGUGAACCGGGGGCCGAUUCAGUGUCGGAAGCGGUGGAGCAAUCUCGCCGGAGAUUAUAAGAAGAUUAAGGAGUGGGAGACUCAAGUGAGAGAUGAAACGGAGUCGUUUUGGUUGAUGAGGAAUGAUUUGAGGAGGGAGAGGAAAUUGCCGGGGUAUUUUGAUCGGGAGGUUUAUGAUAUUCUUGAUUCGCCGUCUGUGGCUGUGGCGGCGGCUGCUGCCGCGGCGGCGACGGUGCUUCCUGUGGCUGUGUCGGUUUCGGAGGCGGUGGGGGAUGAGGAGGUUCAUAUUUAUGAUAGUAAUAGGAAAGUGAGUGGUGAAGAUGGGUUGUUCUCGGAUUUUGAGAAGGAUGAGAUUUUGGUUUCUUCCAAAGAUGUUCAUGUUCCUUCACCUGUUCCUAUCUCAGAGAAGCAGUUUCUACCGCUCCUUAGUCGCUGCCAAGGAGAAGGCAAUGCUCAAGGUACCAACAAUGAGAAACAACCAGCCUCAAAUCCCGAAAUGGGUUCUACAUCUCAAGGGGAACGGAAGAGGAAACGGUUUCCAACCGAUGAAGAAGAUGAAUCUCUGCAAAGUCAGUUAAUCGACGUGUUAGAGAAAAACGGCAAGAUGCUGAGCGAACAACUAGAGGCUCAGAACAUGAACUUCCAACUGGAUCGCCAGCACCAGAACGACACUGCGAGUAACAUAGUUGCCGUGCUUGAUAAGCUCGCAAAUGCUCUUGGAAGAAUUGCUGAUAAAUUGUAGUGCAACAAGGAAGGAUCAGAGAGAGUAGUAGUGUACAUAACAUUUGGAAUCAACAAUAGUGGGUCCCUUCAUUAUUUUUUGACCACUUGUUCACUUUUUUUAGUGUUGUUAUUACUACUGCCAUUAUAGGAGUUAGGACUAUAUACAACAUUUUGAAGUUACUGCAUUUAUUCUAUUUUUCAUUGAGGUUUCAUGAAUCUUUCCGUGGUCAUUAAUAAUUAGUUGUUGUACAUAUGAUAUUUAUAAUUAGGUGCUUUUUUAUUAAUUUUCUCUACAAA